AUGAAAUAUCAGGAAGAUACACAAUUUAGCGCAGAACAGACAACAUUCAUUAAUGAAAAAAGGAUACAUGCAAGUAUGAGUUCUCGUCAUGGUGUUUUAAGAAAAGCUAUACCAUGUAUGACAAUGCCGAAUGCCAUCUUUUGUUGUAUAAGUAAUUUUAUAAUUCCUGGUUUAGGAACAUUAUUAUCAGCUUUUGCCAUUCCAACUGGAUCAAAUUAUGAAAGUGAUCAAACAAUGAUAUGGGCUUUUAUGACCAAUAUUUUAACUGCAUUUUUACAAUUAAUAACAGCACCAUUAAUUGUUGGCUUCAUCUGGUCAAUGAUAUGGGGAAUUAUUUUUAUUCAAUUAUCACGUAAAUGGUGGAUAUCUAAUAUACAUGAUAGAGAUUCUGUCAUUGAUUAUUGUCCAUGUUCUCGAUGUUAA